GCGAGAACUCCUCGGAGAUGCCGGAGACCAUCACCAGCCGAGAUGCUGCUCGAUUUCCCAUUGUUGCCAGUUGCACCCUCCUGGGGCUCUACCUCUUCUUUAAAAUAUUCUCUCAAGAGUACAUCAAUCUUCUGCUUUCGAUGUAUUUCUUCGUGCUGGGGAUCCUCGCCCUGUCCCACACCAUCAGCCCCAUGAUGAACAGAUUCUUCCCUGCAAAUUUCCCCAACAAACAGUACCAGCUCCUCUUCACCCAGGGCUCCGGGGAGAGCAAGGAAGAAAUAGUGAAUUACGAGUUUGACACCAAGGACCUGGUAUGCCUGGCACUGAGCAGCGUUGUGGGGGUCUGGUACCUGCUGAGAAAGCACUGGAUCGCUAACAAUCUCUUUGGGCUGGCGUUCUCCCUCAACGGGGUGGAGCUGCUGCACUUGAACAACGUCAGCACUGGCUGCAUCUUGCUUGGGGGCCUCUUCAUCUACGACGUCUUCUGGGUCUUCGGCACCAAUGUGAUGGUGACAGUUGCCAAAUCGUUUGAGGCCCCAAUAAAAUUGGUUUUCCCUCAGGACCUGUUGGAGAAGGGGCUGGAAGCCGACAACUUUGCCAUGCUGGGUCUGGGAGACAUUGUCAUUCCAGGGAUCUUCAUUGCCUUGCUGCUGCGGUUUGACAUCAGCUUGAAGAAGAACACGCACACGUACUUCUACACCAGCUUUGUGGCCUAUAUCUUCGGGCUGGGCCUGACCAUAUUCAUCAUGCACAUCUUCAAGCACGCCCAGCCUGCUCUUCUGUACCUGGUCCCCGCAUGCAUCGGAUUCCCGCUUCUCGUGGCCUUGGCAAAGGGAGAAGUAACUGAAAUGUUCAGCUACGAAUCCUCUGCUGAAAUCUUGCCACACACACCAAGACUUACCCACUUUCCCACCGUGUCCGGCUCGCCGGCCAGCCUUGCUGAUUCCAUGCAGCAGAAACUGUCCUGUCCCCGCCGACGCCGGCAGCAAAGCCCCAGUGCCAUGUAGCGAUGGCAGGCGGUGCCCGUUCUCCGUCUGUCGCUCGGGCCAGCUACGAGGAGAGCUCUACCCCCAAGGAGGUGCCGGGGGCCUCCAAAGAAGAGACGACAGAAACCUCCAAGAAGGAGAAGUGACCUUGCCCACGGGCCGUGCCCGGUGCCGCUGGGCUGGGGCCCUUCCAGACCCUCCGCCAGUGACAGACGACGAAACAAUUGUGCAAGAGCAUCGUGUUGUGUGUGUCGGAGCAGCCACCCAGGUGGGGUAUCGAUGUACGCCGCAUAGCCACCCCCCCGCCGGC